UAACACUGAGAAAUGAAAACUAGUCUUUGUGUGCCCUAGCAUCUCUGAAAACCUCAGUCCCGCCAUUGCCGCUCAAAUGGCCAGCCCGGUGCCCACCUCCUCCUCGCCGGAGGAUUCAAGGCCCUCCAAUUCCCGUUCCUGGUUCUCCGAUCUCGUCGUCGCUCGCUCUCCGCCGGAGACCCGUGAUUGGUCUCUCCUAAAGCUCCAGGCGUUGAUUCCACAAUUGAGAUCAGAAUAUCAAGUGUAUGAAGAUGCAUUUGUUGAAAAAGUUAAAGAUGGCUUGUUGAUUGCGAGGGAGAACUCAGGACUGGUAUUAGGUGUCGGGGCUGCUGCGGGUCUCCUUCUUCUAAGAGGUCCAAGAAGAUUUUUGUUCCGUCAAACUCUAGGACGCCUUCAGAGCGAGGAGGCCCGAUUUGUUAAAGCAGAGAAGGGUUUGCAAGAGCUCACUGAAUCUGUUGGUAAGCUAAAUACAGACGUCAAUAAGUUGAUCAAGUCAGCAAAGGCUGGUGAAGAAGAAAUGCUACAUGGAGGAACAAAAAUCAAGAAUACUGGAAAGGAAAUCCAAAGACUUCUCAAGUCUAUUUAUGCAGUAGAAUCUGAAGCAAUUGGGUUGUCUAGAUAUAAUGGAUGGACUGCGGGCUCUUCCUGGCAGAAGUGCGCUGCGGCUUCGAGCAGAGGUGGCUUCCAUGGCAUCUGAAUUGAAACAGAAAAGGACUGAAAUGAAUAAAAAAAUAAUGGAGAUUGCAGACCUAGGAAUUAAAGUUUGACAAACUCUGCUCUUCUUGCUUUAGUUGGAGCCAUUUAUAAACUCUUUUUUCAGAUCUUGGAUACAAAUUUAUUGAUACAUACCAAAAAUGUUUGCCCCUAGUCCCAGUUGCAAAAACAUCUCACACCACCAGAUGGCAUAUUGCUAAAAAGCAGAAUAAGUAUGCUCUGUUUUGUUAUAUUUUGAGAAUGAAUGCAACAACAAUGAAACCUUGAGCAAUUUUUCCAGAACCAUUA